AUGAAAAUGUUGGAUUUUCAAAAAAACCCAAAAGAUGAGCUAUCUCUUGACUAUGAAGUAUCAAGCCAGAGAUCUUCCUAUGGAAGCAAAUUACCAGUAAAUUCUAAGCUGCAAGAAAUCGAUUUUCCUUCGAUCGUUAGUAACUCUCCUUAUUCUGUCAAAUCAUUUCCACCUCUGACUCCUUACUCAACUUCAGUUGAGCUGGAAACUUGGAUUAAUUCUCAUCUAGAAACCUACGAAAAUUCCUCGAUUCCACAAGAAAUUAAGCAAAAAACAGGCACUGAGGCUCUUUCCCUUUUAACUAACUUACUAGAAGAGUUUAAGAUUGAGCUAGAAGAAAUCACAAAAAAGUCAGGAAAAGCUCAUGCUCCUGCUUUAUUUAUGGAUCAUUUCAUUAGAAGUGAAGAAAGCCAUGAAAUAAAUAGCUCAGAAACAAAUUUAAAAGCAGACUUAACAGUAAAAUUAUUUUAUAAGGUUUUGCUUGAACUCAUAAGAAAUGAAGAAAAACAACAAGAAAUUCGGCCUGAGGUCAAAGGUCCACUCACAAUUAUAUUAAAAAACGAAACUUUUUAUAGAGCUUUACUAUCCUGCUGCCUAGAAACUGUGCUUUUUGUAAACAAUAUAACAGUAAUCGAUUAUGAGCAAGUUUUAGACUUAUGCAGAGUUUCUGCAUUUGACUCGUGGAAGCUAAUGAAGAGUUUUCUUGAGUUUGACCCCAAAAUCCCUACUGCUCUCCGUACCUAUUUUAAGACGCUUGAGCUUCGUACAAUCUCCUAUCUAGCAUGGGCUGAAUCUUCCCCUGUCUUAUCUCUAAUAAAACAGCAUUUUAACACCAAGGAAGAAAAUACUCACCCAGCUAUUCAGAUGUUUUGCAGAAGAGUCCUGUCACAUGCUGCCUUAAGAAUUUCAGAUUUAUCAAAUUUAUUGGAAAUUCCUGAGCCUCUUAAAGAAGAAAUCUGAAAUGUUAUGAAAGAUGCUUUAAGUGACAAUACUGAGCUAUUUAUUAAUAGACAUAUGGACCAAAUAAUUAUAUGUACAAUAUAUGGGGUUUGUAAAGCUAUACCGUUUAAUAAGACUAGAAUCUUGGCUUUAAUAAAUAUUUUAAGAAAAAUUGGAAUUUCAAACCAGACAAAAGGAAUAAAAAUUUAAAUGUCACUUUUAAUGCUUUGAUUGCAAAAUACACAGAUUGUUAUAAUGACCCUGGGAAAAUUUUUAGAAAUGUAAGGAUAGAUGGGCUAACUAAUACAGGAGAUAUCAUCAAGUUUUAUAAUAAUGUGUAUGUAGCUCAUAUGAAAUCAAGCCUUUUGGCUAUAAGUAAAAAUAGUGAAAAAAUCCAACAGCAGCCGAGAGUCCCUUCACUAAAUCCUCCAAGUUCAUUAGCAUGCAAUUUGCCCUUACCAAUGAUAUCUUAUUGUCCAUCCCCUAGCAGGCAGCAUACAAGAUCGCCAUCGCGAUCUCCAUUUUUGACACCCAGAUCUAGAAGAUACGCAUUUGGAGAAUCACCAUCAUGUGUGCUUGAUGGGAUCAAUGAAAUGAUGAAAAACACUGAAAGGGAAAGACUUAGCUAUGAUGAGGAUGAGCUCCUUGGAGAACCAACAAAGAGGCCAAAGCAUGGAAAUGAACCUUUUCAAGACAGUGAAAUGGAAGAAGCAUUGCCAUACGAUUUUUCUGAGAAUUAA